CAAGAAUAUCAAAACAGCUGACACCCCCAGAAUUUUUGUCGAAAAGUUUGCGUUGAGAGAUGUGAUGUGUGUUUUGAUUAUUUCAGUAAAUUAAAAAAUAAGUAAGUUAUUUGUUGUGUCGUAGUCUUCGUACCUAACUAGAGCAUGGGAAAUGAAAAAAUGAUGCCGAUCAGAGAUAAUCAAGAUGUUGCGUGUUUCUAUGUCACAAAACACUCCUGGAAAGGAAAGUAUAAGAGAAUAUUCUCUGUUGGAUCCUUGGGGAUUACAACAUAUAACCCAACCACCCUAGAAGUUACAAAUCGAUGGAUAUACAAUGAUUUCAUUUCCCUCCAACCUCUACCUAAAGCGGGUAAUGCGAAUAAUGAAUUUCAAAUAAGUAUGAAAAAACAAAAUAAAAUUGAUAAUAUGAGGUUCUCAUCUGAUCAUCGAACACAAUUGUUAACAGAAGCUCUCAAAUUCAGAAACCAUUUUGCAGAAAAACCUAAAGAAAUCUUAAGAUACCAUGCAUAUAAACAUCACUGGUCAGAUGUAAGAUUACCCGUAGUAUUAGAAGUAACCCCACAUUCUUUGGAUCAAUUGGAUCCAACCACAAAUGUUCUUCUUGCCAGUUACCAUUUUAAAGAUUUUGAAGGAAUAUGUGUUACAUCAGAUUAUCCAGGUGGAUUUGUCAUUGUUUGUGGAGGCUUUGGGAGACUCCAUCUGUUCCAAUCUGCCGAAUAUGAGGAAAUAAAAAUUAAGUUAAUAGAGAGUGCUGCAGUCAAUUUAGGAGUUACUUUAAAAGUAUUGAGUACACCUAUAACAUUAGAAGAUUUUCAGAAACAAAGAUUUGGUAAAUACAGUGAUGAUGAACACCUAACUUCAGUGUCUGAGUUUGCGGUUUAUAAGAUUCAUAAGUGUAGGCAUCCUGAGCCUUUGAGAAGAACACUAUGCCUUUCGGAAACCUGUUUGUUGGAGAGAGACCCUCAGACAUAUAACAUCUGUACUUUAAGGCCUUUAGGACACAUAUUUGCUUUGGUUAGAGACAAUAGUAAUCCACAGUUGUUCAGUAUAGAAUAUAUUGAUGGUCAAAAAAGAACUUAUUCUGCAAUUGAUAGAGAUUCAUUACUGGCUUCAUUAUUAGAUGGAGUUCGAGCAUCUGGCAACAGAGACGUUAACAUUAAAAUGAUAUAUUCUGAACGUGGCUUUAGAUUAGGACCUUUACAUCUACCAGUUGAAGAAGAGGCUGAAAGCAUACAUGUAAAAUUUUUAUACAACCUACCCCCCAAAAAGUCUUUCGCAGAAUGUGUGAGGAGGUUCAAUGCCAAUGUACCUUACAGUGGUUUAUUGUACAGUGUGACUCAAGAUGGAAUAUUUUCUGAAAACAAAGAGAAAAUGAUCAUAGGUGCUUUGAAUUCUUUGGUUAAAAAUGAAGGUGACCAAAAAACCAUCAGUGUUGUUGAUCUGGAGGCACAGUUUCAAGCGUUGAGACGUUUAAUUGCCAGUAAAGUAGGCUAUGCUGCAUUUACAUCAUUACCAGGAUUUAGAGAAGCUAUUGGUUUGAAAGUAGUCAAUGCUUUAAAACGACAAGAUUUUGCUGUUACACAUGCUGCAAUCGAUAUGGUAUGCGCAUUGAUGCAUCCUAUGCACGAAGAGAGCGAUUUAAAGCAAGAACAAAUGAACAAACUAUCUUUACUUCAAACUAAGAGCUUCCUAGAAAACCUACUAGAUAUGUGGACGUCGCAUAUUAAUCAAGGUACAGGUGCACUCGUUGUAUCCGCCAUGUUGGAUUUCUUGACAUUUGCGCUUUGUGUUCCAUACAGUGAAACGACUGAUGGAAGACAUUUCGACAUUUUACUAGAUAUGGUGUCUGAACGGGGAAGGUCAUUGUUCAGACUUUUCCAGCAUCCCUCAAUGGCUAUCGUAAAAGGAGCAGGGCUUGUAAUGAGAGCUCUGAUAGAAGAAGGAGAAUCUGAUACAGCGGCAAGAAUGCAAGAGUUGGCACUUGCCGAAGGUGCUCUGCCCAGUCAUCUUCUUGCAGCUCUUUACACUCAAGGAUCUGACGGCAGACUUUUAACACAUCGCCAGUUAUCUAGACACCUCGUUGGUCUCUGGGUUACGGGGAAUCCCAUAGCGAUGGGGCUCCUGAAGAGAAUAUUGCCGACUGGUUUGACCAGUUUCUUAGAUUCUCAAGACAAAGUACCCGAAAACGCCGUAGAACAAGAACUAUUAAAUUAUCGUGAUAACCUCAAAUUAGCUCAGGACCAUGCUUCUCGUAAUAAGAAAAAUCCCAAUUGGCUGGCUGUUGAAAGAAAAAUAAAAAUGAUGGAGAAACAAGUUGAACAUUACACAAAUUUGGCAAUACAACAUUGGGGAGCGAGAAUUGGAAUGUCAGUUGAUAGAAAAGAGAAAAAUAGAGAAAGACCUAUUGUGCUGAGGAAGAGAAGGGAAAGAAUAAAGGCAGAGGCAAAUUGGGCUCUUUUUUAUUAUCAGUUUAAUCAAGAUCAUGCUCUUCCUAAUCUAAUUUGGAAUCAUAAGACAAGAGAAGAAUUACGAAGUGCCUUGGAAAACGAAGUGAGACUUUUCAACAACGACAGAGAACUAGCCGGAGCAGCCUUAGUUGCAUGGAACCAUCAAGAAUUUGAGCUAACCUAUCACUGCUUAGCAGAUGAGGUUAAAAUUGGGGAUUAUUAUCUAAGAUUACUAUUAGAAAUGGAUGAGAAUAACGAUGAUUCUCCAAUAAGAAGAUCCUAUGAGUUCUUCAAUGAUCUCUACCAUAGAUUUUUAUUAACUAGUAAAGUAGAAAUGAAAUGUAUGUGUCUUCAAGCAAUGUCCAUUGUUUAUGGACGAUACUAUGAAGAUAUUGGACCUUUUAGUGAUACUAAAUAUAUUAUAACUAUGUUAGAAAGAUGUGUGGAUAAAAUGGAACGUGACAGACUAGUCAUGUUCAUCAACAAGCUUAUUCUUCAUCACAAGAACGUUAGAGAUAUAGUAGACGCAGGUGGGGUGCGUAUAUUUGUUGACCUUAUGACGUUAGCCCACCUGCACACUUCAAGAGCUGUGAUACCUACCCAGACAAAUGUUAUAGAAGCAGGCCCUGGUAUGCAAGUAAUGCAAGAAAAGGAGUGGCAUUAUUUAAGAAGUACAGAAGAGGGUAGACAAGGACCAGUUAACUUCAAUGAGAUGAAAGAUCUCUUCAAUAAAAAUGAAAUUAAUCCAAGAACAAGAUGUUGGGCGAUGGGAUUAGACGGUUGGAGGGCCCUCGCUCAGUUGCCCCAAUUGAAAUGGACACUAAUAGCGAAAGGCCAACCAGUUCUCAAUGAAAGUGAAUUGGCUACAUACUUAUUGAAAAUACUGAUCAAAAUGUGUGAAAAUUAUCCUAGCAGGAACAAAGAUGGUGCUAUAAUACGUCCACUGCCCAAAGUUAAACGAAUACUAUCAGAACCUAUUUAUUUGUCUCAUAUUGUUCAACUUUUGUUGACUUUCGAUCCGAUACUGGUGGAGAAGGUUGCAUGUCUGCUGUAUGAGGUGAUGAAAGAUAAUCCGGAGAUAUCGAAGGUUUACACCACUGGUGUGUUCUUUUUCAUUCUGAUGUAUACAGGAAGCAAUGUACUACCUAUUGCAAGAUUUUUGCAACUCACUCACAUGAAGCAAGCUUUCAAAUCUGAUGAUAACUCAUCCGAUAUAAUGCUAAGGAGUAUUUUGGGGCAAUUGCUACCCGAAGCUAUGGUAUAUUAUCUAGAAAACCAUGGGGCUGAGAAGUUUGCUCAGAUAUUUUUGGGAGAGUUUGACACUCCAGAAGCCAUAUGGAAUACAGAAAUGAGGAGGAUGUUGAUCGAGAAAAUUUCUGCUCACAUAGCAGAUUUCACCCCUCGUUUGAGGAGCCAUACAAUGGCAAGAUACGUAUAUAUUCCUAUUCCAGCAGUCAGAUAUCCUCAGCUCGAACACGAAUUAUUUUGUAAUAUAUUUUAUCUACGACAUUUGUGCGAUUCUUCCAAGUUUCCAGAUUGGCCUAUACCCGACCCUGUUAUGUUGCUCAAAAAUGUAUUGGAAUCAUGGAAGAUGGAGGUUGAAAAGAAACCUCCAAUAAUGACUGUUGAAGAGGCUUAUAAAAAAUUGGAAUUGAAUGGUACGCACCAUGAAGAAUCUACAAUUCGGAAAGCCUAUUAUCGUUUGGCCACGAUCUAUCACCCUGACAAAAAUCCAGCUGGAAGAGAACAAUUCGAAGCUGUGAACCAAGCCUACGAAUUCUUAUGCAGCAGGAGCAGUUGGAACACAGACGGACCAAAUCCUCACAAUAUAGUUCUCAUCCUACAGACUCAGAGUAUUCUCUUCCAUCGUUACUCUGAAGAAUUGAAACCAUAUAAAUAUGCGGGAUAUCCUCAACUUAUCAAGACCAUAAAACUUGAAACGGAAGAUGAGCAGUUGUUUUCCAAGAGCGCACCCCUUCUUUCUGCUGCAAGUGAACUGGCUUAUUUCACAGUCCAUUGCUCUUCUCUGAAUGCAGAAGAACUAAGGAGAGAAAAUGGUUUAGAGGUUCUUCUGGAUGCUUAUACCAGGUGUGUCAAUGUUCUGAGCAAGUCUUCCAAGCAUGGCGAUGUUGCUGUUCAAGUUUGCAUGCAUAUAACUAGGUGCUUCAGUGUCGCUGCAGAAUUUUCUGCCUGUAGGGAGAAAAUGGUGGAUCUGAAACAGUUGGUCAGGGACUUAUGCCGAAUUUUAUACUUCAAGCAUCUUACCAAACUUUGCUCAGUAGCGACCGAAUGUGUAAAAGCCCUAUCGAUAGAUUCAAUACUCCAACUGGAACUCUUGAAAUCAGGAGCUUUGUGGCAUUUGUUGCUCUUCAUGUUCAACUACGAUUUUACUUUAGAUGAAGGUGGCGUUGAAAAAAGUGAAGACGCCAAUCAGCAGGAAGUUAGCAACAGAUUGGCCAAAGAGGCUGUCAAGGCCUGCGCUGCUCUGGGAGGCUAUUUCGUUGGCGAAAAUCAACCACCUGCGAACAAUUUGUGCAGAAGUAUUCUAGAAUCUCUGUUGACGGAAUAUCUUGCCAAUCAGCUCGGAAAUGAUCAACCGGAAGUGGUACUAAAAACUUUGAACAGUAAUAGCGAAUCUCCAUAUUUAGUUUGGGAUAACAGUACAAGAGCGGAAUUGGUAGAUUUUCUGGAGAAUCAACGUGAUUCCAGAGGUGAUCCCGAUUUGACAGUUGUAAAUGAUUUUACAUACUCGGCUCACAAAGAUGAAUUACGAAUUGGAGGAAUAUUUAUCAAAAUGUAUAAUGAACAACCUACGUACAUCAUUAAGGAUCCUAAAGACUUUACCAUUCACCUGGUGAAAUUUGUUUCCGAGCAGUUCCCUCAUAUAAGGAACCUAGAAGAUAUAGCGUUUUCUGUGUCAAUAGAAAAUCGCUUGAAACAAACUGUGAUGGCUCUAGAAGCCUUAACCAAUGUGAUAAGAAACAAUAGCGGUGUCGAGAUACAGUGCAUAGGACACUUCCAAUUGUUCUUCGGCCUACUACAUGUCAACUUUACACCAAUCCAAAAGGGCACCAUCAAUUUUAUUUCUGUCGUUACUAGAACCAACGAGUGCAUUAAUGAUAUAGCUUCUGUCGAAGUCUUGGGAUACCUCUUGUCCGUCAUUUACACGUUACAAGAGCAACAGCUCCAGAUUCUGACAGUUCUGCAUUCUCUUAUGUCCACCACGAAGAUUGUCAGAGAAGCUUUGGGAAAGGGAGCUGUUGUAUAUUUAUUAGAUCUGUUUUGUAAUUCGAACGAUCACCAGAUACGUCAAACGUGCGCCGAACUGUUGGCAAAAAUGACAUCUGACAAAUUGGUGGGUCCAAAAGUGAGGUUAGCUCUUUGUGCCUUCUUGCCACCGAUCUUUGCCGAUGCGAUGAGAGACAGUCCCGAGACUGCUGUCAGUAUGUUCGAAUCUCAGCAUGAACAUCCGGAGUUGAUCUGGGAUCAGGAUUCUAAGGAUAGAGUAUGCUUGGCAAUUGCCAGGUUGCGAAAAGAGCACCAUAUGAAUCAAGUCGUUGCACCAUCCACUCCAUGGAAGAUGCCUGAUACUAACGGCCUCACCAACUUUUCUAACCCCAAUGAAAUUAUGGUUGGUGGUGUUUAUCUGAGAAUUUUCAUUGCCAACCCGUCUUGGAGCUUGAGAAAACCGAAGGAGUUCCUUUCAGAAUUGUUGGAGACGUGUCUGACAACAAUGGCGAAGGACAAACCUGAUACGGAUUUAUUGGAAAUAUCAACUUCCGCCUUAUGCUCUUUACUCCAAACACAACCUGCGCUUCUAGAUACAAUUCCUGCCAUGGGUCAUAUUCCGAGACUGUGCAGGCAGAUGGGUUCGAAUAUCAGGCAGACGAUUGUUCCUAAAUCGGCCAUUUUGAUCUUCAAUUCCUUGUCACUUAGCACCAUAUGUAUCAAUGCAAUAGCUCAGACCGAUUGCAUGCAUUCGCUGAAACAAGCAAUGCAAGUCAGAAAGGAUAUGGUUGCCGUAGCUUGUGAAGCCUUGAGUAGACUCUUUUCCAACAAUCAAGAACAGUUGGUUAAGCAGGCUCUUGAGGUCGAUUUUGUACAGUUCCUACUGAAUUUGCUCGAAGCGAGACUCGAAUUGAUCGAUAAUCCAGCCAUGACGAAAGCACAAAUUGUAAAAGCUUUGAAGUCUAUGGGAAGAAGUUUGCUUUAUGGGGAUAAAAUUAAUGUGAUACUUGAGAAGAGUACCAUUUGGGCCGAGUACAAAGACCAGAAACAUGAUCUCUUCAUUUGUAAUUCUCCAGUAGCUGGAUAUCUCACAGCUGGAACGCCAACGGUAGCUGGUUAUCUGACUCAAGGCCCUAGCAACAAAGUUUCGGUUGCACCACCACCAAUUGAUAAAGAUGAUCAAGUUCUUCAUUUCAACUUGCCUUAGUUUCUUCAGAGAUAUGAAUGAUAUUUAUCAGGUUAUUCAAUCUUUACUAUUAUUGCAGUAUUUUAACUGUAAAUAUAUUCCUUCAAUUAAACUUUUAUAUUAUGUAUAGACAUUCCCAAGACUAAGCAAUAGGUAUUUUAGCAGUGGAACUGUAAAAAAUUCGAAAUUUUGUAAAAAUCAUAUUGUACAAAAAAAAUUAAAUUUAAGCCGAAAGUACUGUGUAUACUUUAGUUAAAUUAUUAAUGGAAAACAAAAAAAAUUAUAUUUUCUAUUGAAAUAUUGAGUGUAUCUUCUCUUCGUUUCCAAGUUCUUAAUCCAUUUAUAAUGAAAUAAAUAAUUCUAAAUCAA